AUUGUGAGGAAAGAGACGACAGAAGCUGGUGAACUACAAUGGUCAAAUCAGGAUCUAUUGGCGUUCUGUUGGUGGCUCUCCUUUUUGGGAAUGGAGACUUCUUAAAAAUGGAGAGAGGGUUUGUUGCAGGCCGUACAAAUGUCACUGAGCAAUGUUCUAUGGUUCAAACGUGUAAUGUGUACGGCUUCACUGACUGGUACAAAGUGGGCAGUGUCUGUGUCAAAUACUUCAACAAUUCUCUCAACUUUACUGAUGCUGAGUUCGACUGUAGGAAAAAAGCCCCUGGUGCACACCUGGUGUCGGUGCAUAAGGAAGAGCAAAAUGAUGGGUUGCUCUGCAUUGUGAGAAGUUCCAACCCAAAUAACCUGCGCAUCUGGCUUGGAGCUUUUGAACUUUUUAAGUCUGGUAAAUUUCUUUGGCUUGAUGGAUCCUACUGGGAUUAUGAAAUCUGGACACGUGGUGAACCCAACAAUGUGUACACCAGCACAGAGGAAUGUGUGGAGAUGAACUGGAAAGAGACUGGCAAAUGGAAUGACCGCGGUUGUCAUUUCAAGGAAAACUACAUAUGUGCCUUCAAACUAAAUGGCAUCUAGAAACCAGGCUCUGAGGAGAUGGAGUAGUUUUAUCUGGGUACUGACCCAUAAAACUUUCUGCAUAAAAUGAUAUUCUCUGCAUCAACAAAAAAUUUACAAUAACAAUAAAUAAAAAUAAUUAUUCAAAAUAAUUAUUCAAAUAGCUUUAAAAUGCUAAUAAAGAAUGCUGGCAAUCAAAA